AGUUGCUAAGUUUAUCGACUCAAAAGUUGUAAGUUCUAGCCAAAAAACUAAAUACUGAGCUCAAAUUGCAUAAAGUAUUGGGUGUUCAGUACUGGAUUUUAGGCUAUGUUCAUAUCUCUAGAGUGCCGAGACCUUAUCUCAGGGAUGUUUUUUGGUAACACGAUGUCGACAUCGAUAACAGCAGAGAGAUAAUAUACGCCUUAUAAUCUUGUAAUUAUAUGUGGAGAAGUAGUUGUGGUGUUCCUUCCACCUUUAUGAAUUAGUCUGUGAAGAGGUGAAUAGUUAGGAGCCCCAUGGAGCCAAACAAAGAUUAUGUUCAGGCUACAGAUUAUAUUCAUACUACAGCUUGAGUCUGAAUUUGUGUCGAUACAUGAAAAUGUCAUGUGUGCCAAGAAAAGUAUGUUUAGAUGCACAACCAAUUUUGGUGUGCAUUUCUUAUUUAUUUAUUUUUGAGUUGGACGUGUGCAUUUCUAAUUAGAAGUAGAAGAAGAAAGAUGUGACAUGGACUUCCUAAGAUUACAUACUCAUCGUUGAAUAGUAUAGUUAGAAAAAUAGUAAUAAAAUUCAAAAAUCUUACUUCUUUUGGCGACAAAUAUGCUGGAGUGUGAUGGUUUUGCGUCAGAUUUCGUGAAGGAAUAACAUAAAUGGUGGUCUGGACAAACGAAAAUUGACUAUUUUUAAAGCUUCUUGGAGCAUUCAUUUUGUUUAAUUUUGUACAAAGCAUCACAAGUAUUUUUUUUCUUCAUCAAAUUUUGCACACAACCAAAAAAAUGUAAUUUUGUUGGGGAGCAGGAUUGCACAUCUCACAGAAGAUAAAGAUAUCAAUAUGGUUAAAAUAUGGUUAGACAUGAGACCUAUUCGUGCAUAGUUCAAUCUUAACAUGCAUCUUGUUGUUCCGUGCAACGCACAUCAUCUUACUAGUAUAGAUACAGAUGCUUCGUGAUAAAAAGUAGUUUCAGGCAUCUACAUAUAUAUGUUCUCCCCAAUGCAAGCUACCACUAGUGGGCCUCAUUAAGAAAUAAAAAAUAAAGACUCUAGUACACAUGCAUCUUUACUUUUCAUUUAAACCUUUUCAACUUUUGUCACCGGACCACACUUUUUCUCUCCAAGCACCCGCCUCCUGAAGAGGAUCCCGCUUCCUUAUCCGAACCUACUUUAUCUGAUAUCCGAUCCUACAUGACAUGCGAGGCAUCACCCUGAGGCUAUGCAUUGUACAUGCCCUUAUCAGCCGGUUGAGAGGAAUGAUCUUCCAUAUAUACGCAUGCUUACAGUUUCUUCGUGUCUACUACUCCCUCUUCCCAAAUAUAUCUCUUUUUAAAGGUUCUAACAAGUGACUAUAUACAGAGCAAAAUGAGUGAAUCUACACAUUCAAAUACGUCUACAUACAUCCCUAUGUUGUAGUUCAUUUGAAAUGUCUGAAAAGACCUAUAUUUAGCAACGGAGGGAGUAUAUGUUUGAAUAAAUGUAUACUUGUGCUUUUAUAAUUUUCUUUCUUUCUAGUGACAUUUAAGAACAGAAAAAUACGUGAAAAAAUAAGACCAUACCCCAUAUUUUAUAAAUUUUAAGAGAAAUAUUAUAGUCUAUUUUUUAGUGGAACUUUUUUCCAAACAAAUAGAAAGAAACAUGGAACUAAUUUAUUUAUUUUGACGACAGAAACGUGGGACUACGUCCUGGCAGUGCUUGUAGGAUCGUCAGAAGGUGUGUGGAUGUUUGCCUUCGGUGGAUUUUGUGGGAUUCGGUCGAUAUUUGUCUACAAUGGAUCCACGUGGAUCCAGUCUUCGUCUGUCUACAUUCGUGUGUCUUCAGUUUGCAUCCUUCCGAUCUAUACUUUUCUUUAUCGGUGGCGGUUGCUGUUCUGAUGCGCUGGUCUUAUGGGGCCUUAGCACGAUAACUUUCCGACUAUCUACCAUAAUAAGUUUUGCCCGACUUCGGAGAGGGAGUGGUGAUGACGGCGGCGCGUCUUCGACUCGCUUCAGUGUUUGUAGUCGUCACUAGAUGGUCUAACGAUCUAGAUAUAUAUUUUCUAAUUUUUGGUGUUCGUUGUACUGUCACGAUUGAGGAUGAAUAGGUUGGAAGAUUUCCUGUAAAAAAAGAACUAUUUUAGGCAAAAAUUAAAGGUGUUUUGUGUUUUCACGUUUACUACUCAACGGCAAGCCCAGCCCAAUUCUCAUGCCCUCGACCGAGCUACCUGACUCUCUCUCGGCCCUGGAACGGAAAAACAACUCUCUCCUCUGUCGAAAAAAAAGCUCACUCGCCCAUAUUUCAGGCACGGGCGCAACGAGGGCGCCCCAAGGCGGCGGCGGCGGCAACCACGACCCGCGCUCAGGCCGCGCAUAGGCCCUGGGGUUGCUGUCCAACCGGCGGCGUGCCGGCUAUUCCCCGCAGAUCUACCGGCAACUAACGAUCUGGAAAUGAGGAAUGUGAAAGCUAAAAUGGCCACGCACGAAAUGGAGCAAGACAUUUCUCUGCAGCAAGGCGGCACCAGCCGUCGCCUAUCCAGACGCCUCACUGAUCCUGCCCAAUCCACAUGGGCAUCACUGCACACAGAUCUGCUCGACCUGAUUGCCAGUCGGGUACUCGCCAGCGACCUUCUGGACUACGUCCGGUUCCGUGCAGUGUGCUUAGGAUGGCGUGUCAUGACUCCUUGCCCACGCGGUCGAGGUGUGGUCGACCCGUGCUUCCACCCACGUCAGUGGAUGAUGUUCCCAGAAGGUGACGGUCUGUACCCAGGCCACCCUGCACUACUUGGCUACGUACGCUUCUUCAACCUCUCUACCGGCACCUUCGUUCGCGUCCGACUCCCUUGCUUCAGAAACCACUCUGUGCUUGACUGCCCUGACGGCCUCCUUCUCCUGCGGGACAACAAGAGCACUGCCAUCCGCCUCCUCCAUCCCUUUACAGGCGACGUUGUCUUGUUCCCGCCUCUUUCCUCCAUCUUCCCUCAGCUGGCCAAGUUAGGGUGCUUCAUCAGUGACUCUGACAAUAUUCAGUACACCCGGUUUGUCCGCGGAUCCGUGUCCGUCAAUCUGGCUGGCACUGUCACCAUGAUGCUCGGGUUGGGUCGCCUUGAUCGUGUGGCCUAUGCAUCCACAGGUGACCGGCAGUGGACUCCUACGAGCUGGAAAAUGAAGCACUUGUACUCAGCAUUGCCGUUAGGUGGCAGCCUCUAUGUGGUGGAUGGAGGGUGGGGUCUCGAGCCAUCGCGCGUCCUGCGCAUUGAUCCUCCAGAAGAUUCCAAUCCCUCCUCAUGGUCAGUGAUACCACCGCAAAUGGUCACCCAGUGUCCAGUGGAACUGUUGAGGAGUCCUGAGCUGGUAGAGUGCAACUCCGAGCUGCUUUUGGUUGGCUAUGACAGUGAACACUCAAAGAUUGUGCUUUUCCGAGUUGCUGAUCUUCUAAAUGGAGUCACCACCAUCCAGCUGACAAGCAUCGGUGACCAAGCCCUCUUCAUCGGCGCCUGCAACAUGGCUGUUAACUCCAAGUUCCUGCCAUCCGUCCAGGGGAAUUCCAUCGCCAUUGUCAAUGAAAUAGGUGGUGGUGUUAUGGGCAGGGGAACUCUACCGCUAUACGACCUGGGCAACAGUACCUGGUUGCAGGUGUUUGACGGAAACUUCGUCGAUAGCCCCAUGCCUAGGCCGUACAGCCUUGUCCUCCACGUCACAACCUGCUGCCACCGCCUUUUCUGGAACAGUGGGGACAUCUUGUGUUUCAAACAAGGCUGAGCAGAGGAGUGAACUGCGGACUGGAGCAUAUGUUAUCCCGUAGCUUUAUCUGCAUAUAUAACACAAUGAGCCGAAGGUUCAGCCCAUACCCAUUUAUGUUGUGCAUCUACUUGUUCCUGUGUUAUCCCAGUCCUGUGCUACUAUCCCAAAAUUGUCGUGCGCCCUUCAGCUUGGAGACCAUGCUUUUAUCGUAGUAUAUGCACUUUGAGAAGGUAAUUAUGCUUCUUUUUUGUUAUAUCAGAUUAGAAUCUAGCUUCAUUAAGUGGUAUUGAUACAUUAUCUGUAGUGUUGAGUUAGCAUUCUCGCUAUUUGUUUUUUUGGAAGGCAAAAGUUGAUGUUUCAGGUUUGGGUCUCAAAUCCCUGAAUCUGAUUCGAGCCCA